AUGAAGGCUACGGAUGAGUUCGAGUACCUCUGGCAAGACUCUGAGAACUUCAAGCGGCCAACCAAGAUGUCCGCCCCCGAAUACAUCGAGCACCUCAUGAGUUGGGUACAGGGCAAUGUCGACAACGAGCAGAUGUUCCCCAGUCGCAUCGGCGUUCCUUUCCCCAAGACCUUCCCUAGUCUUCUCCGACAGAUCUUCAAACGUUUGUACCGAGUCUACGCCCACAUCUACUGCCACCACUACCCAGUCGUCGUACACCUCGGUCUCGAGCCACACCUAAACACCAGCUUCAAGCAUUACGUCCUGUUCAUCGACGAGCACAAAUUGGCGAGCGGGAAGGAUUACUGGGGGCCUUUGGGUGAUCUGGUGGACAGUAUGCUGCGCAGUGACUAG